CCUGCCUUUCCUCCUAUUUCUUAUUAUUUAGCUGAAGACUUUACUCCUGGGCGCAAUCACUUAAUAUUCAAUCUAUAUGCUGGUACGUGGCCAUACUACCGUGAAAAUGAGUAUCGACUUGAUCUUGGUGAUAGUAUGCUUGCCAAAGCCAGCUUCUCUACCAGCAAUAUGCGAUUCGGAUUUGAUAUUUCUUUACCCCUUAUUCACCCCGAACACCCUGAGACACGUGCUGCAGCAGUAAGAUCAAUGGUGUUCACAAAUCUGAACUCCAAUCAAAAUGGGGAGCCGCUUCGGCGACAUCUGCUCCUUGGAUUUAAGACGUUUAACGAGGCUUUUUGUCAACUUUAUGGGGAUUAA